AUGGUUAAUUCCGUCUUCUUUUCUUUUUCGCAACAUAAACACGUACAAUUGGUGAUCUGUCUGAAUGCUUGCCUUUUCUUCUCCGCUUUCUAUAUCUGCAUUUCUCUCGCGCUGUUUGGAAAUAUACAUCGGAUACUGGAAGCACCCGGAGUUGCACUUGUGCGGAUGUUUGGUCCUGUAGACGAUGCUGAGAGAGUUGCCAACAGCGGCUCCCAGCAACACGGGAGGCAGGCUUCAAUAUCGUCACCAGUACCUUCAGGUUAUGCUCAACCAAGUGACCGUAGGGAACAGUUUACUCCGGUGUCGUUUGGCGGGUCUCAGGCUAAUAUUGGAAGUCUUGGAACGCCGAAUAUGUUCCGCAAAAUGCGCCGCCCCUCCAGCUCAACGAGCUCGCGCCGCUCCACCUUGCGUUCCACCCCAGCCUGUACAGUGUCUCAUGAGCAGGCCAUAGACACAACAAAUGUGGUGCUGGUUGCGACCAGACCAUUAUUAAAGACACUGGCCCGCACCUGCCGGCCGCAUCCCCCAUGGUGUAUCGGCAUGAGUGUGCCAGAUACAGUAACUGAGGAAGUGAGGCUAUUUUCAUCAUUCUUACGUCCAACAGCAUUGGAACUCUACUGUUACGAGGCUGUCGUCACCUCAGUCACGGCUAUGUUGCGGGAGCUAUGGCCGACCGCGGAGCUGCAUCCGAUGUCAACAACGGCUGCUGGGUUACCCCCGCUGAAGGACAUGACACUUCAUUUUUAUGCCAAAAACACGGUUGUGACACCCGAUGCAAAACAGUACACGCAGAUGCACCUGCAGAGUAUCACCAAUAACGCAGGGUUCCAGUUGGAAUUUUGCUAUGACUAUCGGAAUGUGAUGUGUCUACUACUUACUGACAGUCGGUCCGGUCUGCGAAUGAACGUACGAUAUGGAGCUGAGGCAUGCAGGGUGGAAGUGGCAUCAAGGCUUUUCGCCUCCGCUGUCGCGUCGAACGAGGCAUGUCGGCAGACGUUUCUCCUCCUCGACGCUUUACUUAGACAAAACAAAAUCCUCGAUGACACAGGCACGAAUCCGGAAGCACUGAAUAGCGAAGCAGUUGCCACAAUGCUUGUAGCUAUUUUUAAUUCAUACGAUGCCAACGACACACCUGACACUGGCAGGUUGCUGAUGGAUUUUUUCCUCACGUAUGGGUUCUGUGCAAAUUUUGACAUGUUUUCUCACUCUGUAACAGCACGUGGCUUGAGAGAACCAACGAGUAAGGUGCACCCCAAUGCGCAAAUAAGCGUCUUGGAUCCCAGUAACGAGGGACAUAAUCUCACUUAUCGGUUGGAAAAGGCGGCCCACUUGCAGGCUGUUUUUAAUUACUGCUAUACGGCGAUCUCUCAAUUUGCGCAGGUGGAAGAAAGGCAGCUACGUGCACAGUCUGUUCUCUCAACUAUCAUAGGAGGUGAGUCGUAUUGGAGCCGCGUGCUGCAGCUCUACCAUGAAGGAAUUUCCCCAUAUUUUGAAGUGGUAAACGAGAAGAAAAUCUUCCUUAUUCGAGCGUUGUGA